AUGAAUCAGUGCAGCGACUUCAAUUCCUCCAUUGCUGAGCACGCUGCUCCUCUACGCGGUCUCCUGAAACCUCCAAUGAGUUCCUCUGGGCAUCCGGAACACACAACUGCUAUGAAUGCCACCAAAGAAGCGCUGCUUGACCCACCGUCGCUCGCUCACUUUGAUCCUACCGCUCCAACACGUCUUGAGUGUGAUGCAGCCCGCACCAAAGGCCUUGGGCUUGGUCUCUGGCAACUGCCAGAUGGCUCGUGGCGUCUCACACAAUUCGGCAGCCGCUUUCUGUCUGACACAGAAACACGAUAUGACAUGAUCGAGCUCGAACUGUUCGGCGUGGCCUGGGCUGUUCAGAAAUGCCACAUCUUCCUCGCCGGUAUGCCCUUCCAGGUCAUUGUUGACCAUCAGCCACUUGUUCUGAUUCUGCACACGUACACGUUAGAUCAGAUUGAGAACCCGCGUCUUCAGCGUCUGGUAGCCAAGGUUACCCAGUAUCAGCUCUCUGUGUCUUGGCAUGACAGACAUCUUGUCGAUGUAAUCGGUUCUGAGCAUCAGAACUGUAGCCCGCCCUUUGUCCGGGCGCGUGACGAUGAUUUCCGUGUUUUUGCGGAAGUCACGGAGGGCUUUCAUGUGUUCCUGGCCUAA